AUGAGACUCGUUCAUUUUGUUGUGUUGUUCUUCGCAGCCCUUGUGGCUUCGCGUGCCGUUGAUCAUGCCGGUGACAUGAAUGGCCUCCCCCAUACCACCCAAGAUAUUGCUCCGUCCACCACCGACGCUACCGAAGUAGCAAAUGAUAGCAAAAAGCCCCUUAACGUGGAUGACGUUCUCAACCAUCCUUCUUCGAACGACACAACUCCUGUUGAGGUCGAACAUGACGAACAUGACAAUGAGACCGAGGAAAAUGACAGUGUCCUGGUCGUUCGGAAGGUCGGACGCAAGAAGAAUUGCAUAGCCGCUAGAGACUGCCCGUUCAAUUCCUAUUGCUGCAAGGAGGGUAGGCACUGCUGUGCCAAGCCUAGCAAGCACAAGAUUUCCUGGUUCGACAUGUGGGAUGGCUAG